CUGUGUUGGCAUGGGCGUUGAGUCUCCUCUCCUCCCUGUUUUCCAGCGAUGCUGCAGACUCUAUCCUCUUCAUCACGGCUAGAGCUGGAUGUGUCCCUCCUUCCUCUUCCUCUCUUACCCUUCGAGCUCUUCACCAGCGGAUUACCUGAACCCUAAACGGAUAAGGAACCCAGAUGCAAUGAAGAUCCAUCUUCCAAAUUAGAUAUGAUAUUCAACGUUCGGAUUACUGGCAUACUGGAAAGAAAUGUGAACAUCAGUUCUAGGCUCCUGCUGCGCAUUAAGACUCUUUGAUGGGUAGACAGACUGUUUGGUAAUUGAUGACAUGGAUGACUGAUUUUUAAAGUGCUCUUGAGCGCGGUGUAAACUCAGAGCUGUUUCCAAAAUGUGCGAGCCCUUCGGCCAGGGGGAGUUAAGCAAUAAUAACCGGGAGGAUGGUGAGCUGGCUGACGGUGAUGCCAACGCAAAUGAUAUCAGGACAGAGGAUGGCAGGAGGACAGGUGAUACCAGCACUCUGUCCGGGCUGAUGACUGAAACAGCAGACCAAGAUAAGGUCAUCAUCUGGGGUAUGGACUCCCAGUGCGAUGACCCCGAGCUGGCUGAGUUUGAGAUGUUGGAGUGUCAGGAGCUGGAGGCGUACCUGGUGGAGGACGGAGAGGAUUUUGUCGGGCUUGCAGAGCGCGAGGAGCUUCAAGAUCAACCUUCCUCAUGCAGCAAAGCCACAGUAAAACAGGGGACAGAUAAAAAGAGCAAGGAAGAGAGGAAAACUAUUCUACAUGGUGCCAGUGAACAGGAAUCCAGUCAUGUAUCUGAGAGCAGAGAAGUGUCCAGGACUGAGUUAAGUUCUGAAACUGAUGUCUUUGUGUCCUGUCUGUCCACCAUUUCAAGCAUGGCAACUGCUAUGGACACUGCUGGCAGGACACAAACAACAGACUCCUGGCACAUUGCCUCUGGUCCGUACUCAACCAUCUCAGAGGACCUGACUUUGGCUUCCCAGACUUGCAACACUAUUUCCGAGAGAGAAAAGUCCUCUCAAAGAGCUGAACACCAUUCCACCAUUUCAGGAAAAAGCACAAUACAUCCAAAAAAUGUGGAUAUGAAUUUGAAUUCAACAGUUCAUUCAGAGGAUGUCAUAUCAGAAGCACAAGUGAGCAAUGUUCAGUGUAAGGUGCAAAUUGAAGAUGUCAAUGAGAAGCACAGGAAGAACAAUAACCAGCUAAAUAAAACAGGGAAUACUGUUUCAUUAGAGGGAGGGUGUGAUAGAGGAAGAAGCACUGAACAUAAGGCUUUACCCAUUGCAGAAGAAAGCAACACUAAAAUGGAUAAAAGCACACAAGCUGAUGAGGCCCCCGAUGUGAACUACAACCCACCCAAAACAGGUACAAAGGGGACUCAGUCAUCAAUUGAAUCCAAAGCCAUAAAGAAACAAGUACCAUUUGAUAACACAAUGAAGAAACAAAACUCUUUUGACAAGGGUGUUAAAAAACAGCCUUCGUUUGAGAAUACUUUAAAGAAGCAGCUCUCUUUUGAUAACACUUUAAAAAAGCAGGGCUCUUUUGAGAACAUCGUCAACUCCAGCUCUUCUAGUCUAGAGAGGAGGAAGCCAUGGGGAAGCCCUAGUCGACCAGCAACUCCUUCUUCCCCCAAAACUACCUCCUGUUCGCCCAAGAGACGACCUCCUGGUUCUCCAGCCAAGGUUCAGGGCGUCAGGGCACUGAGCUUGGAGCGCAGCAGCUCCCCUCAGAGAGUUUUAAGUCAAACAAUCAAACCACCAAGUAAGACAAAUUUGAGCAGUGGCAUCCCAAAACCUGUCAUGUCUCAGCAGAGGGAGCCUGAAGCCAGGAGGUCUUCUCCUCCUCAGAAACCCAAAAACGUCCGACCAAAAAUCAUCACCUAUGUUCGGAAAAAUCCUCAAGCAAAACCACAAACUGCAGAUGCCCCACUCGAAGCCUCUACGCACCCACUUAGACUGUCUUCAUACUCUAGCCCACCAGCUCAUAAAGAUCCGAAAGUUGGUCCUCAACCCAAAGUCGCACCGGUGCUAUGUUCCUCCAACUUGCUGUUUGACAAAUAUCGCCAGGAAAUGCAGAGGUCUGGGUCAGGGUUGAAGCCUCCGAGCAGCACAGGCUCUCAUUCUCUGAGCGGGAAGUCGGACAGCUCACGUGAGGAGGUGACUGAGAAAUAUCAUCAGGAGCAUGUUUCCCAAGACGGAGGCAGUGUCUACCGCUCCCCCAGAGCUCUUAGACCUCAGCUGGGGUUAGGGGCGGUUACUAGGCAGCCUGCAGCGAAGACAAGAGUUCAGCAGACAGGCCAAAGGUCAGCACAAGGCCUGAGCCAGUCUGCUCAGGCAGCUGGAGCGUCCACUCAAGGUCACCAGGACCCGACAGGAGAGCAAAGGAGGUCAGGUCCAGAGGCCUCCCCCAAGAGCCUCCUGCUCAAACCAGGCCAGUCUGGUCUCCGUCCUCCAGGCUUCUCUGCCCUGCCAGCUGCCCGUCUGGCUUCCUUCGGCUUCGUCCGGAGCUCAAGUGUCUCGUCUGUGUCCAGCAACCAAUCUAACGACAGCAGUCACAGCGAUCCUUGCCGACCCUCUCAGCAUCCCAGCAGUGGCAGCGAUGACACACCUCUCCACAAAGCCACAGCUGCCCCUAGUGAAUCUUCCUAUGGUCAGAGCCGCCCUCAACCUCCCAACGCCCCCAGCCUGCAGCGACGCUCUCUGCCACCGCACUGCUCCCCACUCGCUUCUCGGAAGGAGGCACAAAAGGACCCGGAGGCUGCACUGCCACCAAAGUCCUCCCCUAAAAGGUUUGCAGUGGUUUCACCCAAGCCUCAGUCCCCUGACCCAUGGCAGCCUGCUGUUGUCAUAGCGACGGGCUACAGUAGCUUUAAUGCUAGGAUGGCUCCUCCAGCAGUAAUCCUGCUGGUUCGUGGGCGGACAGCAGCAGUCCAUGGUGGUGUUCGGACUGAAAGGGUCCAGGAGUUGGACCGGGCUCUGAUCCAGCAGUUGCGUGAGCGCUGUGAGCAGCAGGACCUGCAGCUGCAGAGCCUCCAGGCCCAGUUAAAGAAGGCCUCCCUGUGCCUGGACGUUUUCACCAUCACCACUCAGCACUUCUGUCACAAGAAUGAGAGUGCUAUUGUGAAAGAGAGGGAACUGUCCCUAGAGCUCGCCAGAAUCAGGGAUGAAGUGGCUUUCAGUGUUGCACACUGGGAGCAACUGCAGCAGGAGAAGGAGGAACUGGAGCGGCGUUUUGAGGCUGAGCUGCAGGGAUUGCGCGCUCAGCAGCAAAAGGAGCUGGGAGCGCUGGAGGAGCGGCUGAAGGCACAGCAUACGGCUGAGUCCAAGAGCCUGCAGGCCCAACAACGCGCUGAGCUGGAGGAGCUACGGGUCAAACAGCAGGAGCAGAUUGAGGAGAUGUUUGAGGACCAUGAGGAGUCCUUGAUGGAGAUGGAGACGGCUCACAAUGACACGCUGGCCACUCUGCAGGAGGAGCAUGCCAGGACUGUGAAAAAUCUGAAGAUGGCCCACGAACAGCAGAAGAAGUCUCUGGAGGAGGAGUUUGAAAAGAUCAGAUUGUCUCUGCAGGACCAGGUGGACACGCUGACAUUUCAGAACCAUAGCCUUCGAGACCGAGCAAAGCGCUUUGAAGAAGCUCUACGAAAGAGCACAGAUGAACAGAUAGUGGAUGCUUUGGCACCAUAUCAACACAUUGAGGAGGACCUGAAGAGUCUGAAAGAAGUGCUGGAGAUGAAGAAUCAACAAAUCCAUCAACAGGAACUGAAGAUUACAGAGCUGGAGAAAAUACAGGCUGAAAAGAAUGUGUACCUGGAGGAGAGAGUGCAGGUGUUACAGCAGCAGAAUGAGGACCUGAAGGAAAGAAUAGACAAGAACCUUGCUGUGUCCAGGCAACUCUCUGAGGAGAAUGCCAACUUGCAAGUGAACGUGGAGAAGGAGAGCAACGAGAAGAAGCGGUUGAGCCGCACCAAUGAGGAACUGCUGUGGCGUCUUCAGACAGGCGAGCUGAGCCCUCGUAUGUCCCCCAGCUCCUCCCCCAUCCAUCGACCCCCCUCUGGACCAGGCUCACCUGCCCGUCCGCACUCCUACCAUCAAUGACAUUCUCAAUGGAAGCUCUUGUAUCAAACAUUUUCUUUUAUCUGGCAUUGGACGCCCUGAUUAUUUUUUAACUAUUUGUUGAAUGUUCCUCUCCAUUUAAAGUGUAGGAUUUUACACAAUCUAGAUGGACAGACUCAUGUUAGUUUGUCUCAUAGGAAAUGCCGCACGCCUGUGUGAUGCGUUUCCAAAGCCAAACCCAAGGAAUUUUAAUCUCUGACGUAAAGAAUUGUAUUAAUGAUCACACCUCUUGUUGUUCAAAGGGAAUUCUCUGCUGUCCACUUUUUUCUAUUCUACAUGAAAACCCCUCAAAACAGAUGCACUGCAAGGCUGCAGUAGAUGAAAGACCUGGUCAUUGUAGACUUCAGAGAGCAGGAUCAGACUCACGGUGCCUCAUUUCCAUGUUUUCGCCUCCAUCUCCAUCUCCACCUUCUCAUCCAGCGCUCAGGAUGAUGGAUGUACGAGACAUAGCGAGCAUCAAAAGUGCAACAACUAACACAAGAAGCGCCUUUGCCGUCCAUUCUCUUCCACCAGCAACGUCUAUCAAGGCACAGGAAAUACUUUGAGUAAAAUCACAAAAUCCUAAUUGAAAUAUUUCAUAUGUCAGGAGUGUAUGAAUGACUACCUAGCCAAUUUAACCUCAGUCAUCCACCCUACUUUCUCCAUCAACAGCUAGAUAUUAGCGUCGACCCGAAAUGUAUGAUUACAACAACAUAACAACUCAUAAAUCCAUUGAACUGCCAACAAAGUAUGACUAUAUUAUGGAUUUCCAUUUGUAAAAACUGUACAUGUAUUGCUCUCUUUAAAGCAUGUUCUGUCUUCCGGUUAUAUCAACUUUAUUUUAGGAUUACCUACAGUGUGAUGAUAUGAAGUAGAAGGGUGAAUGGGCAACACAAGUUACCUCCUAUUUCUAAUAAAUCAGAGCAGGAUCUAUUGAAAUCAAUAUAACUAAUAGAUCAAUACGUAAUUAUACAAUUCACGCAUAAACUUAUCUCAUAUUUUUCAUGUGAGAUGGUGCCCCUCAAGAAAGUAUUACCAUUUCCUACUAAACAAAAGUGCACAACAGUUCACCAUGUACUGUAGCUGUCAUCUCUGGAGUUAAUUGCAGCAAAAUUAGCCAUAAAUGGUGCAGAAACUGCAGUUCUUGUUAAAAUGUAUUAACCUGUACACAUUUAAGUCCAACAUCUGUUCAUUAUGUUCCAUUCGUACAAUUUAACAUUACCAAUUUGUAUUUUUUUCUGCACUUUCUUUAAGUGUUACUUAUCAUCGCUCAUGCAGCCGACUGGCAUUGUUGCUGUUUUCUGAAUUGCUGAUUAACUGAGUUGUUUUCUGUGUUGUUUGAAUUACACCACAGGAAAAAAAACAACAACUCAUGAGCAAAUGUAAUGAAAAAACACUAUUAUGGCUUCCAAACUUUCCGUUUGUACCGCCAAUUGACUUUUAGCAGAAUUUCUGAUGAGAAAAAAAUCCUAAAUUUGACAAAUAGUUUAAUCAAAAUAAGAAUGAAUCUCUGCAAGCUGUUACCUCAUUUCUCAUUGUAGAGAAUAAUCUCAGGCAAAUUAGGAUUCAUCAAAGGGAAGCAACUGCCGUAACUUGGUUGACAGGAUUUUGUAUUAGUUGUAUUUUUUUUUUUUAAAGUUACGCACAUGUUUAUGUAACCAUUCAGCUCAACUGUCUUGUUUUGCAAGAUAUCCUUUGUACAACAUUAUUUUGGAUGUAGAGAAUAUGUGUAAAUAUUUUAAAGAGCAAAGAGCGGUCAGCAAAUAUAUGAAAUAGGUUGGAGUAAUAUUACUUUAUUAUAAUGAUAGAAUAUCCCCCCUGACACAUAAAAUGUGGAAAUCUGCUCAAACAGGUAUUUGGUUGUAGGUGAGUUGCAUUUGCUGUUAUGACAGUAAGUUGAUUAUGUUCAACUUGGUGUUCUUUACUAUUUUCUGAAAGGUAGUGGAAAUGAUAUUUCUCUCCAUCAGGUAUUCCGAUUGCACUGAUUGCCUCUGUGUCCUGUGGACAUGACCCAGUACUCAUUUACUGAAUGUUUGUUCGACGUGAGAAUAAGCGUUUUUGUUUACAGUUUACAUCCAAUGUCAGAGCAGGUUGAUGUAUCAUGUAGCUGUUAGUACUUCUGUUGAUUGUUUACAGGACUUCUGUUGUAAAGAUUGUAUUCAGUAUUUCAGAAACCCACGGAUACGUUUAUAUGAAAGCAUGUCUUUAUAAGGUUGUUGUGCUUGAUUUUUUGUUUUUACAUUUCUUGUGCAUUUCAUAUAUCUAUUUAUUUGUCCUCCUCCAGAACUGCAACUGUAGCUUAGCUGGUUAAAAUAAUUGUGAUCAGUGAUGAGACACUAAUGUCCAUACUGUAUAUGUUGCACUUUGUAUUUAAGUAUUAAAACACAUUAAGAAAAUAA